AAUCGCAACAAUCUUCAUAAGCCCUGGAGAAGAUAAACUUUUUCCUAUUUCUCUCCAAUCGGUUUUUGUUAUUUGAUCGAUGCUUUAACUAGUGUAAAGAAAACACUCUGCAAAUGAGGAGACGGUGAGAGCAUGUUAGAAUGGAAGUAAAACUAGUAUCUUCCCAUUUGCAAUGCCGAAUGGGGGCGGAGUUGGCAAUACAUUGAGAAUAUUGGAGGUGGCAUCCAUAUGCCAGGCGCUCCGAAAAGGAGGCACAGACAUCAACAAGUCCCUCUCUGCUCUUUCCAUUAAACAACUUGACCACCGCAUAGUUUUAGGAGUCAUAAAAGCCAGGGGUUUAGACGUGGAAAAAACACUGAAUUUCUUCAAGUGGGCAGGCCUACAGAAGGGCUUCAAACAUCACGCCAAAACAUACACCCCCAUGAUUUGGAGACUGUGCAGGGAAGACAAGCUAGAAAUGGUGCCCUCUCUCCUGAAUGACCUCAAGAAGGAUGGAUGCUCUGUAGACACUGAGACUUCCAAGCUUCUAUUUCGCAGUUUUAUCAAAUCAGGUAUGUUUGACGAGGCCUUAGAGAUUCUGGAUAGAAUGGAACAACAUGGUGGGUUUAGCCAAAUUAAUCCUCAGUUGUAUAAUUAUAUAAUUGUAGCCCUUCUUAAGAAAUCCCAAGUUAAUAAAGCCUUUGUUAUAUUUAACACCAUGUUGAAAGCCAAUAUAAAUCCAUAUACCACUGCACUCAAUCAGCUCUUGUUAGGUUUGAGAAAGGUGUAUAUGAUGACGGAGUUCGAGAAAGUGUUUUGGGAUGCUAGAAACAUGGGUUGCAUUUUUGAUAAAUGGACUUAUAGUAUCUGCAUUCAUGCUUUUGGGGUAGUUGGCAAAUUGGGUCUAGCUGAAGAAAUGUUUGAAGAAAUGAAAGAUCGAGGAUGUCCUCCGGAUGUAUGUAUAUACAAUUGCUUGAUUGCUGUUCGAUGUAAGGCAGGAAAAUUGAACGAAGCGAUGGACAUAAUUGAAGAGAUGAAGGGCCAAGGGCAUGACCCCGAUGCCAUUAGUUAUGGAACGCUGAUCCGUGGAUUGUGUAAAGUGAAUAAGAUCAGUGAUGCACUUAAACUUUUCAGUGAAAUGGUUCAUGAAAGUUGCAAUCCUGAUCUCAUUGUGUAUAAUGCUCUUCUUGAUGGCCUGUUCAAGGUUGGAAAGUUAGACGAUGCAUGCAAACUCUUUGAGACGAUGGUACAGCAAGGCAUGGUGCCAAAUUGCUUCUCUUACAAUAUCUUGAUUGAUGGCUUAUUCAAGAAAGGUAGGGCAGAAGCUGCCUAUAUGCUCUUUGAUGAUUUGAAGAAGAAAAGACAGUGUGUAGAUGGAAUCACAUAUAGCAUAGUUAUUUCGUAUUUGUGCAAGAUGGGGAGAAUUGAGGAUUCCCUUAGAUUGUUGGAAGAAAUGGAAUCCAGAGGGCUGGCAUCUGACAUGGUAACAAUAACAUCGCUGUUGAUUGCGCUUCAUCGCUCUGGUAGACAGGACUGGGCACGUCAGCUUAUGAAGCGGAUUGGAGAUAGCAGUGUUGUCCCUAAUAUCAUAAGAUGGAGUGCUGAUAUGGAGGCGGUAACUAAAGACAGGCAAGAGGAAGGUCUAGACCAAAGAUUUAUGUUUGUAAAGAAUAACAAUGCUUUUAGUGGUGACCCAGAAAAGAAGAAGGAACAGAGUAACAUUUGGCCUCCCGUUGGUCAUGUAUCACAUAUGAAAACAAGCAUGGGAGAUAGUAUUGUUGAGAACCAUGCCUUGAAGCUCGUACGUGCUCCAACAGAUAUAGGCAAGGUCUCUCAAGGGAUAGAAGAUGUAAAUAACUUUACUGUAAGUCUAUCUUCUUCAGACAUGUUUGCCAAUGAUACAAGCACAGAAGAAGAUCCACAGAAGAGGAAUGGAUGUGCUGAUACUUCCAAAGUCUCAGUGGAUCAUACAAAUGGUGCUGGUGAACAGGAUACUGCAGACAGGGAUUUUGAUUUUGAAGCUUACCCAGGAUUUUUGGCAUUAAAGGGAAGAAGAAUACAAGGUAGAGGGAUGGAUUCUUUUAAUAUUGAUAUGUUCAACACUUACAUGUCUGUUUUUUCAGAACAAGGGAAGGUAAAGACAGCUUUUAGGUUAUUUAGAAAUAUGAUUGAAAACGGAAGUGAGCCUGAAACCUAUACUUAUAAUACAUUGCUAACAGUGUUUGUUAAGAAAGGCUAUUUCGGGGAGGCCUGGGGACUUUUCCUGGAAAUGGGUAGGAAAUCAAGUUUUGCUGAUGUAGCUACAUACAACAUAAUCAUUGAUAGCCUUGGAAAGAACGGUGAAAAAGAUAUGUCGCAUGCAGUUCUUCAGGCAAUGUUAAGGAAGGGAGGAUACUUGGACAUUGUUAUGUACAAUACCUUAAUAAAUACAGCCGGAAAAGCAGGUGAAUUAGACGAGGUAGAAAAACUUUUUAGAGGAAUGACUGCUAAUGGGCUCACUCCAGAUGUUGUCACUUAUAACACUCUAAUAGAAGUUUACAGCAAAGCAGGUAAGGUAAAGAAAGCUUACAAAAUUUUGAGAAUGAUGAUAGAUGCAGGCUGUUCUCCAAAUCACGUCACAGAUACAAUACUUGAUUUUCUAGAACAGCAGAUUGAGAAAUUAAGGUACCAAAAGGCAUCGAUCAGAACUGAUCAGAUUUCUUAAGUUAAUAUUUCUUGGAUACCAUUGUGAAAAUCUGCAACAAGAUCAAGCAACUGGGGUACUUGAAUGCAUUAUCAAAAACCUAAAAUGCAUAUCUUACUGGGUGCAUUGGCGUCUGACCAGGAGUGAGUCUGAGCAAGAUUGCAGCUCUCUCUGCAGCUGCUUUGUUCUGCAUAUCAUUUUUAGUCACGUCGUCUGACACAUGGAGCAGAAAGAUUAUUAUAUUUACCUUACUUGCAAAGGGAAGAGGUCUUUUUACUCUCUGGACAAUGGCUUCCUGAGACCAGAUUAAAUUCAGCUUCCAGGUUACAGCUUGACACAAGAGGCUCUUUGUACUCUAGUGAAUCAGUAAAUGAUGGCUCUGACAGAGCAUCCAUUGUUUCUCUUGCCACCCUGAAGGGUUGAUGGUUGGUGCCCAAAAAGGUUUAAUAAACAGAGACACAUAUGCUCUGAAUUCAGUGGUUCUGGUGACAUUUUUGCAAGACUUUAUAGCCAGUUUAGUUUGUACUGCUAAAUUUCAAUGCUAGUGCCAAUUUAGGGUGGCAGAAAAUGUCAUAGUGCUAACUUAUCACCCAUGGCUCGAAUGUGGUGCCAUCCUUUCGGUAAAUGCCAGAAGAUGAAUCAUCUUUCCCUGAUGUCUGUUCAAUUCAUAUUCAUAUGUAUAAAAAAAUUAUUUUAAGCUCAGAGAAGACAGAUUUACAGAGUUUUAUGUCUCCCAUGUCAGAUACUCGCAUCGUAUGGAACAUGUGUAAUGAUUAAUUUUUUGAUCCAGUUCUUAUUGACGCUACUGCCAUUU